AUGCAUUGUUUGACAUAUCGUGUUGAAGGCUUACAUGAGUAUGUGUACCAUGCUGGGAUAGUUCCGCCUAGAGACGGCGAUGAUGGUCGAAGAGGAGGAAGAGCACGAACCCGAGGCCGAGCACGAGGAAGAGGAAACGAGUACUCUCUCACUUCUGUUUCAACUAAACUUCAAAAUCACUUCGCAAUUAACAAACUCAACAUGAACAAUUCCAAAGAAAUCAUUAUCCGUCAAGUGUGGGGUUACAAUCUCGAAUAUGAAUUUGGUCUUAUUCGUCACGCUAUUCAUCGACACCAUUUCAUCUCAAUGGAUACAGAAUUUCCGGGUGCUAUUCAUUCCCCCAAAAUUGACCACCGUCAUCUUCGGCCAUCUGAUCACUAUCGUUUCUUGAAGGCCAAUGUUGAUGAUCUCAAGCUCAUUCAAGUUGGGCUUACACUUUCUGAUCCAGAAGGAACCCUUCCUGAUUUUGGAACCAAUCAUUGCUACAUUUGGGAGUUUAAUUUCAAAGAUUUUGAUGUUAACCGUGAUCCUUGUAAUGAAGAUUCCAUUGAUAUGCUUCGCCGUCAAGGGAUCAACUUUGAGCGCAAUUUAUAUCACGGUGUGGAUUCAAGGCGUUUCGCUGAUCUAAUGUUCUCCUCUAUACUUGUUUUCAACAAAUCAAUCAUUUGGGUCACAUUUAGUAGUGCUUAUGAUUUCGGAUAUUUGGUGAAGAUAUUGACCCGAAUGAAUUUACCCAACAAGUUAGAGGAUUUUUUAAACGUGGUAGAAGUACUAUUUGGAAAAAGUGUUUAUGAUAUGAAAUACAUGAUGAAGUUCUGCAACUCUCUAUACGGUGGUCUCGAGCGAGUAGCUAACACACUUGACGUGCGUCGGGCGGUAGGAAAGUCUCACCAAGCUGCAUCGGAUAGUUUGUUGACGUUGCAUGCAUUCACAAAAAUGACGAAGACUUAUUUCAAAAAUAAUGAAGGUCCCAAGCAUGCUGGAGUACUGUUUGGAUUAGAAAUGGCGGCUUAUUGA